AGAAAUGAACAACAUAAUUUUUUAACAUGUUUUUUUUUAAAAAUUGAUUUUGGCCCUAUCUAAAAUAAAAAUACAAAAUUAACCCCCCUCCUCACCCCCAAGGUCCCAAUCCCUUGUUUUGUAUCCCUUCGAUCGGUGGCUUCUGGUUUCCGGGGAUUCUUUUGACCGCGGACGAUAACUGAGAAGAUAGAUUCUGGCAGCGGAAGUUCCUUCUCUAUUCCCUGCGUCUUCAUCCCUCCAUGAAUAAAUAGACACAAUCCAAUCGGAGCUGUAUUAAUAGUCUAUCGAAGAAGAAGAAGAGAUAUUGUAAAAAAAUGGUGAAGGUGAGAAUGAACACGGCCGACGUGGCCGCCGAGGUCAAAUGCUUGCGCCGAUUAAUCGGAAUGCGAUGUUCUAAUGUCUAUGAUAUCUCUCCCAAGACCUAUGUGUUUAAGCUAUCUAACAGUAGUGGAAUGACGGAAUCUGGGGAGAGUGAAAAGGUAUUGUUGUUGAUGGAAAGUGGGGUUAGAUUGCACACCACUGCUUAUCUCCGAGACAAAAAUAACACUCCUUCUGGGUUUACACUUAAAUUGAGGAAGCAUAUAAGACCAAAAAGGCUUGAGGAUGUGCGGCAACUUGGUUAUGAUAGGAUAAUCCUCUUUCAGUUUGGACUGGGGUCUAAUGCUUUUUAUGUAAUAUUAGAGCUAUAUGCUCAAGGAAAUAUCAUUCUUACUGAUUCUGAUUUCAUGGUAUUGACACUUCUUCGUUCACACAGAGAUGAUGACAAAGGCUUAGCCAUCAUGUCUCGACACAGCUAUCCAGUUGAAAUAUGCCGUAGUUUUAACAGAACUACCAGUGAAAAGUUACAGACUGCCUUGCAAUUUUCUGCAGUGUCUACUGAACAAGAAUCCAUACAAAAUACUGAGCAUGGAAUUGAUAACUCUGAUGCACAUCAAGGAGAUGAAGGAAAAGGAAAAAAGGUAUCUGAAAAUACAAAAAAAGAUCGGAGCCGUGCCAAGCAGGCAACUUUGAAGUCUGUCCUUGGGGAGGCAUUGGGCUAUGGACCGGCACUUUCUGAACAUAUUAUUCUAGAUGCUGGUUUAAUUCCAAAUAUAAAAGUUGGGAACAGUUUAAAAUUAGAACAUGGUACUCUUGAUUCUCUGAUGGCCGCUGUCAGAAAGUUUGAGGACUGGCUGGAAGACAUUAUAUCUGGUGAAAAUGUUCCUGAAGGUUACAUUCUGAUGCAACAAAAAACAAGUAAAAAAGACAACCCAUCCGAAACUGAAGAUUCUGAAAAGAUAUAUGAUGAAUUCUGCCCACUAUUACUGAACCAGUUUAAGUCAAGGACCUUUGUAAAGUUUGACACAUUUGAUGCUGCAUUAGAUGAGUUUUAUACUAAAAUUGAAAGUCAACGUGUUGAGCAACAAAUAAAAGCCAAAGAAAGCUCUGCUAUGCAGAAGCUUAGUAACAUCCGCACUGACCAGGAAAACCGUGUUUUAUCACUAAAGAAUGAAGUUGAUCGUUGUGUUAAAAUGGCAGAACUGAUAGAAUAUAACUUGGAAGAUGUUGAUGCUGCCAUUUUAGCAGUCCGUGUUGCACUUGCAAAAGGAAUGAGUUGGGAAGAUCUAGUUAGUAUGGUGAAAGAGGAGAAGAAAUCCGGGAAUCCAGUUGCAGGGCUUAUUGACAAGCUGCAUCUUGAAAGAAAUUGUAUGACUUUACUUCUAAGCAACAAUCUAGAUGAAAUGGAUGAUAGAGAAAAGACGCAGCCUGUGGAUAAAGUAGAAGUUGAUCUGUCACUUUCAGCUCAUGCAAAUGCUAGGAGAUGGUAUGAAAUGAAAAAAAAACAAGAGAAUAAACAAGAGAAAACUGUUACUUCAUAUGCUAAAGCGUUCAAAGCUGCCGAGAGGAAGACACGGCAGCAGUUAUCUCAGGAAAAAACUGUUGCUGCUAUUUCACAUAUCCGCAAAGUUCAUUGGUUUGAAAAAUUUAAUUGGUUCGUUAGCAGUGAGAAUUAUUUGGUUAUAAGUGGCCGUGAUGCACACCAGAAUGAAAUGAUUGUCAAGCGCUACAUGUCUAAGGGAGACUUGUAUGUGCAUGCUGAUCUUCAUGGCGCAUCCAGUACAGUGAUCAAGAAUCACAAGCCUGACUUUCCAAUACCUCCUCUCACUUUGAACCAAACAGGAUGCUUUACUGUUUGCCACAGCCAGGCAUGGGACUCAAAAAUGGUAACUAGUGCUUGGUGGGUCUAUCCUCAUCAAGUGAGUAAAACUGCUCCUACGGGAGAAUAUCUCACGGUUGGAAGUUUCAUGAUCCGUGGCAAAAAAAAUUUCCUUCCUCCGCACCCUCUUGUUAUGGGAUUUGGAAUACUAUUUCGCUUGGAAGAGAGUUCUUUAGGGUCUCAUUUGAAUGAAAGAAGGGUAAGAGGCGAAGAUGAAGGAACCAUUGAUGCUGAGAAAGACGAACCUUCCCAAGAAAAUCCUGAUACCGAAUCUGAUGAGGAGGUUGAAAAACAUACAGUAGAUCCAAUAGAUACAUUGGAUUUGUCCCAAAAUAAAACAACUUUAGAAGGGUUGCCUUCUGAAACUCACUUUGAUAAUAGCCUGAGUGUCUCUACUGAGGUUUCUGAUUGUGCUGGAAAAACUGUUGCUUCAGUUACACCACAUGCUCCACAGCUGGAGGAUCUGAUUGAUAGAGCUCUUGAGCUUGGUUCUGCUUCAUCUAAACACCAUGGCUUCCCUUCCUCAGAAUCAAGAAAUAAACAAAAUGAUGUAGAGAAAAAGGUCACACUGAGGGAUAAACCCUAUGUUUCAAAAUUCGAAAGAAGAAAGUUGAAGAAAGAACAAAAAGAGAGCAGUGAGGGUGAACUUGCUGAGUGUGGUGGGAAAGAGGCAGAAGAGCAGGUUGGCACAAAAAAUGAAAAACAUGCUAACCCUACAAAGCCUCCAUGUGUAAAGCUCAGCCGUGGGCAAAAGAGUAAACUCAAGAAGAUAAAAGAGAAAUAUGCUGAUCAAGAUGACGAGGAACGGAGCAUUCGGAUGGCUCUCUUGGCUCCUGCUGGGAAAACCGAAAAGAGUGAAAAGCAACCAGAGGAUGAUAAAGCAGUAAACGAAGUUGGAACAAAACCAAAGCAGCCCACUGAUGCUCCGAAAAUCUGUUACAAGUGUAAGAAGGCUGGGCAUUUGUCCAAGGACUGUAAAGAGCGUCCAGAUGAAGCAUCUGCACCAAGUACUGCAAAUGGAGGGGACGGUCAGUCUGAGGUUGGUGGUCGAAAGAAUAAUGCCGAGAAGAGAGAGAAUAUAGUGAUGGAGGAGGAUGAUAUACAUGAGAUUGGUGAAGAGGAGAAAGAGAAACUCAAUGACGUGGACUAUCUGACUGGCAAUCCAUUGUUAGAUGAUAUUCUCCUGUAUGCAGUUCCCAUCUGUGGUCCUUACAAUGCCCUUCAGUCAUACAAAUACCGUGUCAAGUUAGUUCCUGGUUCCGUUAAGAAAGGAAAAGCGGCCAAGACAGCGAUGAAUUUGUUUAGUCAUAUGCCGGAGGCCACAACCAGAGAAAAGGAAUUGAUGAAGGCAUGCACCGAUCCGGAGCUUGUAGCUGCAAUUAUCGGUAACGUGAAAAUCACAUCUGCAGGUCUUACUCAACUGAAGCAAAAACAAAAGAAAAACAAAAAGUCAAACAAAGGAGAAAGCUAAAUCAGCCUUCUAGACUGGUACCAUUCCACACUUCGUAUGAAUAUGUACAUUGCUGGUUUACUGCUAUUUCUCUUUGUGCUCUCCCUUAUUUUUGUAUUUCCUAAGCUGAAUCAGUAUCUCUUGUUAAUGGUCUUUGUUUUGUUUUCAAACCCCAACUUAUAUUUUGAGUAUAAUACACGUAGUAGUACAUU